GCCACAUUUGGGUAUGAUCGAGACGAUCUCUCCUGCUGAACACAUCGUCCUUUAUUACUGAUGUCACUUCACCCACAUGCUGAAGUGUUAAAGUUAUAUUAAUGUACAGUAUGGAGGAAGUACAGGGGUUUGGGGUUUUUUUUUUAUUAUUAUUUUUUAAAAAUUUAUUUACCUAUUUACAUGUCAGCAUCACAUGAUCGUGUGGAUGUUAAAGGGGUUUGAUUUGAACAUUAAGACUCCAUUCAGCAGCGAGCACCUCAUCAGGUAAGACUGCAGCACUUUACCUGGAUCUGUUCACCUGAUCACGUUCUCAUAUCACUGAUUAGUUAUUGACAAAUUCACACACUGCUUUUAUCAUUUACACUUCACACACACAGCCAGCUCUCUCUGACAACAAGCCCUUCUUCUGAUACAAGACAUCACCAUGGUAACCGUGUCAGUUCUGCUCCUUCUGCUCUCAGCUUUUUCUCCUCCAGUCCACAGCCGUCUCACUACGUUCCAGAUCAUUCCGAGUGGCAUGACUCAGACUGCGGCUCGGGCAGCUUGCAGAGAUAAUUACAUCGACCUCGUCACUGUGUACUCUGAUGAAGACAACACUGACCUGUAUAAUAUGAAGCCUUAUGGGAAUUGGAGAUGGAUCGGUCUCUAUCGCAGUGUGUUCAGUGAGAAAUGGUCUAAUGGUGAUCCUGUAACAUUCAGAAAUCUGGCAGGGGUUUGUGGGACAUCAAGCUACUGUGCUGCUAUGAAGGCUGAUGGUUCAUGGGAAAGUCUUCAGUGCACAGAGACGCGAUAUUUCAUGUGCUAUGAAGAAGAUGUUUCUUCACAGACUCCUAAUUAUCAUCUAAUCCUUGAGAAUAAGACCUGGUCUGGUGCUCAGCGUUACUGCAGGGGGAAAUACACUGACCUGGUCAGUAUCAGAGAUCAGCAGCAGAAUGAAGAGGUGAAGAUUAAAGGGUUAAACAGCACCACGUCCUUCUGGAUCGGCCUGCUGUGUGAUGACUGGCAGUGGACCGAUGGAGGAAACUCCACCUACAGAAACUGGGCCUGGGGGAGUGGUCAUCCUCUAUCAUCACCAUACGACUGUGUAGUAGUAUUGAGUGGAUGGGGAUGGAAUUCAGUACCGUGCAGUAAUAAUUACGUCCCUCUGUGCUACGGUAAGUGUGGACUUUCCAAACAGUAA